UAUGGCUCAAACUAGCUUAACUCAAGCAAUCAAUCUCUUCUCUCCUAUUCUCCUUCUCCUUCCUCUUUUGCUUCUGAUUGUCCUCAAGCACUUUAGACACAAUUCAUCACUUCCACUUCCUCCAGGUCCAUAUCCAUGGCCAAUCUUAGGCAACAUUCUCCAACUUGGAGAUAAGCCCCAUAUCACCCUAACCCAUUUUGCAAAAAUCCAUGGACCAAUCUUCUCAUUAAGACUUGGGACCCAACUUGUAGUUGUGGGAUCCUCUCAAGCUGCUGCCAUUGCAAUCCUCAAGACUCAUGAUAGAAUUCUAUCAGGGCGACAUGUUCCUCACAUGGCACCAAGCAAGAGUUCAGAACUCAACAAAUUAUCACUGGGUUGGGUUGUUGAGUGCAACGAGAGGUGGAGGUAUUUACGCACAAUAUGCAAAAGUGAGCUUUUCUCACUCAAAGCACUAGAGUCCCAAGCAUGUAUAAGAGAGAGAAAAGCCAAGGAAAUGGUUGAUUUUAUCAAUAAAAUGGAAGGGAAAGUAGUUAAGAUUAGAGAGGUAGCAACUGCUACUGUUUUUAACAUGUUGAGCAAUAUUUUAGUGUCCAGGGAUCUUGUGAGCUUGGAGCUUGAGAGUGAGGAUGGAGGGAUGAGUUCGGUAUUAAAAGACAUUGCAAAGCUGGCUUCUACUCCAAAUAUAUCUGACUUUUAUCCAAUAUUGAGUCCAUUAGAUCUACAAGGUUUAAGAAAGAAGACUAUGGAAUUGCACAGGAGGUCUUUUAAUAUGUGUGACUCUAUCAUCCAAGAAAGAAGAGAGGGGGGGGAGGGAAAAGGAGACGGUCCCGAUGCUUCAAGACGGAGAGACUUUCUUGACGCUCUUAUCCUCAAUGGCUCAAGCGAUGAUCAGAUUGACACUUUGCUUAUGGAGCUCCUUUCUGCUGGCACAGACACAAGUAGCUCGACCAUAGAAUGGACAAUGGCAGAGCUGAUAAAGAAUCCGAGAUGCCUAAAGAAAGUUCAAGAAGAGAUUGCAAAUGUAAUAAAUAUGAACCGGGAUACGGGAUUUAAGGAAUCCUACCUUCCACAGCUAACAUACCUUCAGGCUUGUGUCAAAGAAACCCUCAGGUUGCACCCUCCAGGACCGUUUCUUCUUCCUCACCGCGCCAUCGACUCUUGCCAAGUGAUGAAUUACACCAUUCCAAAGAACACUCAAGUGCUAGUAAAUUAUUGGGCUAUCGGACGAGACCCCAAGAGUUGGGAGGAACCAGUAGUUUUUAAUCCAGAAAGGUUCUUGAGCGCAAAUUUGGAUUUUAAAGGGAAUGACUUUGAGUUCAUACCGUUUGGCUCAGGAAGGAGAAUCUGCCCUGGCCUGCCGAUGGCUGCAAAACAUGUUGCAUUGAUCAUUGCUUAUUUGAUCCUUUUCUUUGAUUGGUCUCUUCCAUGUGGAAAGAACCCUACUGAUUUAGAUAUGAGUGAGAACUAUGGCUUAACUUUGCGGAAGGAACAACCUUUACUUCUAGUUCCGACUAGUAAAAAAUGAGUGCGAGGAGAUUUAGCUGUCCUUCUUGCAUUCUAAUAAUAAACAUGUCUUGUUUU